AUGCAUCUUAUUCUAACUGGAGCAACGGGUCUCGUUGGCUCGGGCGUGCUCGAUGCUGUGCUAGCCAUGCCCGAUGUUACGCGCAUCUCCAUUCUCUCGCGUCGUCCGGUGCCCAUGGUCGAGACUCGGACAAAGGCUGGAGACCCGGUCAUCACGCCUGAUCGAGUGCGCGUCAUUCUUCACCAAGACUUUUCUGUCUACGAUGAUAGUCUGCUGGAGCAGCUAAGUGGCGCUGCCGGAGUUGUGUGGGCGCUGGGCAUCAGCCAGACUCAGGUAGACAAGGAUGAAUACUACAAGAUCACCCACGACUAUCCCCUGGCGGCAGCUCGUGCCUUCAAAAAGCUUCCACCACCUGAGGGCGUCGCUACCUCGCCCGCUUCGUCCUUCCGCUUCGUCUACGUCUCUGGCGAGGGCGCAACCACUUCACCCGGAAUCACGACCACUCGCUUUGGUCGCGUCAAGGGUGAGACCGAGCUGGCUCUGGCCGCCCUCGCUGCCGAACCCAAGUCUGACUCCGAGUCGCCCCUUGCCGCCAUCUCCGUCCGUCCAGCAGGCGUAGACCCCACCCACCAUGACGCCAUACUUCCUUACAUUCCGCCUGUAUCUCUGAGCCUCAAUCUUAUGCGUAAUGUCCUUCUACCGCCACUGCGCUUCGCAUAUCCCCCCAUGAUCAGCCCUACGCGUCCGUUGGGCCAAUUCCUUGCCGACAUCGCCCUCGGCCGCUUCGACGGCCGCCUCACUGGACAUGGCAUCGAGCUUGUCGGCGGCCAGUCGCCAAUCCUUAGCAACGUCGCCUUCCGUCGACUUGCAGGGCUGGACAAGAAAUGA